AUGACGCGUCCAGUCACACGCGCCAUCUCCUCCGCCCUCUUCUUCCACCUCUUCUUCUUUUUCCAAAUCAACUUCACGCCCGUUUGUAGUUCCGAACCGUCUCUCCCCCCCACGCUCGAUCUCACCGUCCACAAUUUCUCCGUUUAUCGCGUCCCCAACGUCGAAUCAGCAGCAGCAGCAGCAGAAGGAGGAGGUACUGCAACACGGAAUACCUCGUUAAGUACGAGCGUUUCAUCCCCUCCCGUGCGCAACAGGUUCCUGUCUCUUCUCGUAACACCUUUUGUUACAACGCGACAACGCCCAGUGUCAGUGACGAACCACAUGUCGCAUACUGUCAUUGCGACCUGGGACGACCACCCAUUUGCUGCUCAUCUCCGGAUACUAAACUCAAGACAAAAAACAGCAAUAGCCAAGAAAAACGGCCACGCUCAAGACGCCGCUACGGACGCGAUUGUAGCGUCGUAUGCUUAUGAAGUGCAGAUGUGGGUCACGACGUGGACUUCUUUCUACGGGCUGUGGCACGAGGCGAACCAAUUACGGAGGACGUUGGACCCCCUUUUAGUGGUCAAGGACUUGCCCGUCGAAGAGCUCGAGAUGCAGUUUCGCGUGCGGCUAAAGGCGCGACUGCGACCGACGUCGUUGCUGGAGCAAAUGUGCGUUUUCUGCUGCUUUUUGUUGCCGGUGGACGUUUGUGGACCGAGUGAAGUUGUGGGCGACUGGAGUGACGUGGUGACGGUAUCUGCUGCAGUGGAUGAGUCUGAGGAUGAGCAGGUGGAAGCUCUUGUGGCUUUGUUUGGGGGCGAUCCGUUCAUGGCUGUGCUUGUGACGCUCUGUAUUGGAUCCAGUUGCUUCGUUGUGGUUCACCUUUAUGUGCGACGACGGCGUGCUGGGCAACGAUCGAGUCGCUGGUGGAGCAUGCAGUCGUGUAUUUGGUCAUCGACUGGAAAGAGCCAUGAAAUAGACGCUGAGCGGAAGACCAGUGGGGAAGCUGCGCUUGGUGGUGGCCGUAGUGACGACUGCAGCAAGACGGUGCAGCAAUUGGAGCACGAAAUUCGUGACCUGCGUCAAGAAUUGGCCGACUCGGAGUACGAAGUGCGACGGCUCAUGCUCUUUCGCGGGUACGGCAUUGAGACAUUGGGGCGAGACGAACUGAAGCAGCUGGAGGGAGAGCUACAGCACACGCUCGAGCGUAUCCGCGAGCUGAACAAGCGUGACAUGACGAUGUUGGAAGCGGAGGACUGA